AUAUUCUCUUAAAGAUUUAAUAAAACACUGCACAACGUUAGCAAGGAAAUAAGGAAAUAAUAAAUCACACAAAGGGAAAAAAAUAGGCAAAAUGCGUUUCAGAAUAUUCAACAAAAUACCACCAGCAGUUCUGGCACUAUUUAUAGUUUCACUCGUACUUCUUACUAGGAAUGCCACACCUGAAGAUGAGGAGGAGGAAAUGAAGAAGAGGAGCGUACAGAUGGAGAUCAAAGAGAAUACUAAACAAGACACCAAGGAGAAUGAAAAACCUAAAGAGAUAACAGGAGGGAAAGAUCUGGACGCGCCUGAAAACACUCUUCAGAAAAUUCAACAGCAGUACAAUGAAAAUAUUAGAAAAGCACAAGAAAAUAAUGCUGCCAACAAUGUUCAGCAAGAGGAGAAGAAAGCUGAAAAAGACGUGCAAAAUGUAGCAAAGGUUAACGCAGAUAAUACACAGAAUAAUCAAGCAAUAGCCGGUGACAAGCAAGACAAACCAAAACCUCCGGUUCAGAACAUACAAUCUGUGGAAAAGGAGACUAAAAUAGAACCGAAGAAGCAAAAUGAAAUUAAACCUGUGAAUGUGCCAGCUCCAGUCAAACUUUCUGUAAAUGCAAAUAAAGAUGUACAGAUUGUUAACGAGAUCGCAGAAUACAAGAAAGCCAUUGAAGCGGAUGCAGAUCUGCAAAGUAGUAAAGACACUUUCAAAGGAAUCGUGACUCUUGCAAAAGAUGUUCUCAGCUCUGCACCAGACCCGAAAAUCCUUUUACUUGCUUUCGUGCAUGAAGAUAAUGCUGUGUUUGCAAACAAUUGGUUGUGUAACACCCAGGUCAUGGAUAUUCAUUCUUCUUUGAUUAUUGUUACUUACGGCAGUGAGUCGAAGGAAUUUCUGUCCAAGAAAUGGCCGAGAGUUACGCUUUAUCCACUAGAACCUGACACGCCCGAGGCAAACUUGCGAGGACUUCCACUUACCAUAAAAAAGUUGCAAAUUAUUUAUGUUCUUCUUAACGCCGGAGUUAACGUUCUCCUUCUCGACGUGGAGUCUGUUUGGUUCUCCAACCCGGUGCCAGGUUUCAAAGCGGGUGAUAAAGACAUGAUGGUCAACAUGGCGUCCACUUUCCAGACUAAUACGGGUUUUAUUGUAUUGUUCGCCACGCAAAAGAAUAAACAUUUCUGGGGAUCUUUAUACUUGAAAGUUAAACAGUUUGAAAACAAGCCAGAGUUGGGAAUUGAAAGCCAGUAUGAUAAGUUACUUAAAAUGAUGACUAAACAAAGGUUUGGCAAUGUGACAUUAAAUGAGCUACCAGGAGAAUCUUACGUUGAGGGGAUGUGGUACGAGCUCCCGAGCGAGGAGAGACAGAAGACCCGCCCAAUUGUCAUUAGAAACAAUAACUUGAUGGGAUUUGCAAAGAGGAUACGACGGGCAGUGUCGUGGAAACAUUGGUUUAUAGUGGAAGAAGGGAACUGUGAUCUAAAACGUGUUUCUAACGUAGUGAAAACAGUUGUUGGUGUUUGAACUUCGUCAAUUAUUAGUGUUUAAAAACCAGACACUACUUUGACUGUGAAUCAGUCCAUUGUCAUUUAAGGCAGUUUAAUUUCAAAAUGGUACUGUCAGAAUAGAAUUAGAAAACGUUCAUUGU